AUGAGCGUUGCUAGGCCAGAGACUGCGGCUUCUUAUACUUCUGCGGAGGCCGACGACUCCAUCCAGCCGAUUGCGUCCCGAACGUCUUCGGUAUCUUCUUACAGAACAAACUACAGCGCCUCAACCGCGCCCACCGCAUACUCCUCAUCAUCACCCGCGUCAUCUUACCGUCAAUUUGACUCCGUGAGCUCCAUCCCCAAGUUCACCGAACCAGUCCAGCGUCGAGUACCCCAGGAAGUCUAUGAAGUCAUUAUCCAUCAUUUAGAAGAGCUGCACAAAGGACAGCACCAGACUGGUUGCACGACAUGUUUUCAACGCGACCUGCAUGCUUUGUCAUUGACCUGCCGCUCGUGGGAACGGGCUGUGCGAGGACCUUUAUACAACAGUGUACACAUUGUCGGGAAUGACUCCCCCGCGCAACUGAAGAAAUAUCGCCUGAAGCGAGGCAGCCGCCUCAAGCUGUUGAGAAGAACCCUGCGCGAACGAAAGUUGCUGGCCAACCUUGUUUACGAGCUGCGGGUACCUCAGCUGGAGUUGCUCUUCACCACGACCAAACAAAGUACGCAAUGGCAGGAAUAUCGCGAUUUGGUGGCAUCCGUGGUGAUGGUGUGUCCGAACCUGGAGCGCCUGUUGGGUCUCUCGAUUCCAUACCACCAUGAAUUCGAUCGUUUGACUCAUGCCCUGUCCACUCGGAAGAAGCUGAAAGAGCAUACUUGGGUCUUGGGCGAGGCAGCGGCGGUAUCAGAGGGGUCUCCUCGCGACGACUCCUGUCCAGGGAGCUUGGGUCCUUCGCAAAUGUUCGAGUUUCUGGAUUAUCACACCUCCUGGUCCAAUCUGGAGACAUUGAUGCUUUAUGGAUUGAAUGGGAAUGGAGCACUUGAGCCUAGUGUCUCUCUCCGCAUGUUCAACCUUCUUCCUUCGCUGCGAAACCUGUGUGUUUCUUCCUUCGACAAAGAUUCCUUUGAUGACAGCACAUUACUCUGUCUGCCACCCCUGGAAUCAUUGAGGCUGGAAAAUUUACCUGGCGUCACAGAGACUGGUCUCACACAGUAUGCCUCCCGAUCGGAAUCGUCAUCUCUCAAGACCCUCGUCCUGGUGGAGCAGAAUAUCGAGUCAUUGCUGGCCAUCUCCAAGAUUCUUUCCUCACUACGAAGUCUCGAACGGUUCAAGAUUGUGCAGACUGAAAAGUGUCCAACUCUCCCAGAUGAGGACAUGAUCUUCCAACCUAUUCUUGCUUCCUCCACCCUCAAAUACCUUCACUGGGAUGUUGCGUGCCCAGACCCCCACGCAGCUCUCACUCAACUCGAUACCCUCCCCUUCCAAAAGUCCUCCAAACCAUCCAACACCCCUAACUCCCAUCUCGCCCAAAGCAUCAUUUCCGCAGGCUUCCCCGAAUUGGAGGCCCUCCGUGCGCCCUCCGACGUGGAGCCCCCCGGUGUUCUCCAAGCGGCCUGCCGACCCAUCACCAAAGGCCAAGCCCUCCUCCGACCCGAUCGAUACAGUUUACCCCGGAGCUCCCACGGAUCCGUCAACACUCGACCCCUUGCACUACCAGCCGGCAACAAUUUAACCUCAGCACGCAUCCGCGCUCAAACUUUUAUCGACAUGGCCGCCAAGGAUACCGAAUCAGGAAUGCCGGUUUUGAUUCAGGACUGGUCAGAUGGAUUUGUGCCCGACAAUGCCCAGGCUUCUCAAUUUGAAGAAGACCCCGACCAAGAACUGGACGACUAUGGGAUCUGGGCCGCCUGCGAACGCUACAAACACCAAGAAAACGACCACAGUGGACCUAAAACCGUCUACCAGUUCAACAUGCCCACAUUCAUGGGUCGAAGUGGAAUGCGGGACCCUGCGACAGGCGCUUCAAUCCCGCACUUGGUCCUGCGCCCUGACAUCACAGGCCAGGAGUCGGACGGUGGCUUGAUUGGGUGGAAGCAGUUACUGGCCUCCAAUCAGUCACUGUCGUAUGCUGCAGGUGUGGGCGUUAACUGCUUCGGCAGUGAUGUACCUGCUCCCCCUCCACCAGAAGAAAUCAAUUCUCCAGCAUCCACUACAUCCAAAUUUGGCUGGGGCAGCCUAAGUGGUCGCUCCAUGAUGGGUACAUCGCCCACAACACCCACCACGCCAAUCACACCCAUGAGCAGUGUCUCUGGCUCUGUCUUGCCCUGGGAUAAAGAUACAUGCACUGGAUCCUGGAACCACAAAACAGGCCGGGACUGGUGGUUCCAUAUGGAGCGCGAUCGCCCAGGCAAUUCAGAGCUCAUUGAUAUCAAGCAGCUUUUCUAA